UACGACGAUACUUCAGCGUUACUAGACGUCAGCCAUGUUUGUAUUUCUUCACGACGAAAAGUUGGAAAAAUGUCAGAAGGAAAUGUGUAAUGAAUCCGAUGUCUGAGUUAAGCUAUCAGGCUAUCCGCACGGCUAACCAAGCCAGAGAGGCGGAUGAGCUGAGAACUGAUACAAGAAAGAAAAACUUAUUAAUUCUUGUUUUGAAUUAUAUGCACGAAGAAGGGUAUGUGGAUUCAGCUCAAAGUUUAGCAAGGGAAACCAACAUUGACCUCAGUAAAUAUGAAGUCUGUGACAACAUUGACUUGGAGACCAUUCUUAUGGAAUAUGAGUCGUACUACUAUGUCAAAUUCUCUAAGUAUCCCAAAAUCACCAAAAAGUUAGGACCACAAAGUGCUGGAGACAGAAGGGGCGGGUCUCACAAGGUCGCAACAAGGACAAACAGUUUAACACGGCGAGUGAAGUCGGGCUCUCAGUCUGCCCAUCAACUUAACGGCAAAAACUCAGCUUCCACAACUCCAUCUCUACCCAGAAUUCCACAGAAUGGUCGAGCCAGUCCCCCUCCCCCAGUGUCCGGGGGGAGACCAAAGUCAGGGGUACAGCCUGGGGGAAGGCAAGCACGGGCCACCCAGUCAUCAACACGAAGGCCAAACGGACUACCAGAAAAGAACGAGAAAAUGCUGUGCCGGGUGGUAGUGUCUGAUAACGAAAUAAAGUUUAAGGGCAAUAAAUUCAAGAGUUAUAGGGACAUGAUGAAAAUGAAUGGAGUGACUAAUGGUAGUGACCCAGGGCUAGCACUACAAGGACUGACUGUCCAGGGCAGCAAUAACAACAACAACCCAGAUAACCGACCAGUAGAGGACCCCGCCCAGAGGAGGGGCAAGCCUGGACAGAUCAUUGACAUCAGAUCAAUGAUCAAUGAAGCCACAAAGUUAAACGCAGAAGAAGGAAUGGAUGGUCAGGAUCGUCUUCUAAAGCCGCUUGGUGGAUAUGUAGGCUACAACAGUGAAUGGAGAGAAUUAGCUCAAGUCAUUAGUAGGGAUAUUUACUCUGAAAACCCCAAUGUAAAAUGGGAUGAUAUAAUUGGCUUGGAAGAAGCCAAGAGACUCUCCAAAGAGGCAGUUGUUUACCCAAUAAAGUAUCCUCAACUAUUUAAAGGAAUCCUUUCACCUUGGAAGGGCCUUUUAUUGUAUGGUCCCCCAGGUACAGGGAAAACCCUCUUAGCGAAAGCAAUAGCCACAGAAUGCCAAACAACAUUUUUCAAUAUAUCAGCCUCAAGUAUAGUCAGUAAAUGGAGAGGUGACUCCGAAAAACUAGUCAGGGUGCUAUUUGAAAUGGCUAGGUUCUAUGCUCCUUCCACGAUUUUUUUGGAUGAGUUGGAGGCUAUAAUGAGUCAAAGAGGAUCCCAAGGGGGCAGUGGGGAGCAUGAAGGAAGUAGGAGAAUGAAAACGGAACUUUUGGUGCAAAUGGAUGGUCUAUCCAAAACUGAUGACUUAGUCUUUCUCUUAGCAGCUUCCAAUUUACCAUGGGAAUUGGAUCAAGCAAUGCUUCGUCGAUUAGAGAAGAGGAUUAUUGUAGAUCUGCCCACUUAUGAGGCCAGGAAAGCUAUGUUCAAACAUCAUCUUCCCACUGUUGUUGUACCUAAAGAAGGGGGGCUGGAACUACUGAGCAAUCUCGAUUAUGAUCUCCUAGCUACAAAAACAGAGGGGUAUUCUGGUUCCGACCUUAGACUGGUCUGUAAAGAAGCAGCCAUGAGGCCUGUCAGAAAAAUCUUUGAUGCCUUGGAGAAAAAUGAUCAUGGUGACCUUCAUAUCCGCCUUGAUACUAUCACCACAUCCGAUGUGAUGAAAGCCAUCGACAGAACCAAACCCUCGGCAGGCAGAAUGAAAGAGCGAUACGCAGCAUGGCAGAGGGAGUACGAGUCAGUAUGAGCAGCAUACAGUGCGUGCUGUCCAUGCAAGCCUGUCCCCUACCAAGUCAGGGGGCCUCUGUCACACAUAGUAGUGGAGGGAACAAAGUGGAUUUGUUUCAGUCCGUCCUGAAAACAUACUCUGUUCUCCAUCUUCAGCUAGAGGACAAUGUUCAUAAUAACAUCAUCUUAUUGAUGUGAUAUUCUCUGUGAUAGCCAUGACACAACAUCUAUUUUUUGUUCUUAUCACCUUUGUCUUAAUGUUCUUUUGCACAUCUGAUAAACUUGGAAAAUCCAUUGUUAAAUUGAUAGUAUGUUUAAUUAGAAAGAUGUUUGUAUUCCCUCAACUUUCUAGUCAUUUUUACUUGUGAAUUCAAAUAGCAUCAAAAGUACCUGUAAUGUACUUGCUGUAGAAAUAUUCAAGGUAAAAUGUACAUGCAUGUAAAAUGAUGUUUACUAUCUUAAAACCUUGACAUUUGACAGAAUAGUGCACAGAGCAAAAAAUUCAAUUACCUCAAAUUAUUGAAUUUUACUUUUUCAGUUCUUUACAAAUCUUCAAGUCAUUUCAUUGAAUUGAAAGAAAAAAGUGCUUAAUUUAUCAUGUUUUGUCUUUUGUGACUGUGUAACAUGUUUAUUUGAGGUGUUUUGAGUGUACCAAGUGCUGUGUCAAAUACUUAUUGUAGUACAUAUCAAUUAGCAUUCAACAGUAUUAUAGUUUAAUAGUCUACUUGCCUUACCAUAGGUAAACAUAUGUGUGCCGUUUACCUAAUUAUCAUGGGGAUGGGUUGUUUAGUAUUUAAAAAUCUUAUGUAUAGUAUGCGAUAUUGUAUAUGUAUUUUAGACAUCUGUUUUUAAACCCUUCGUGAUUCAUACAGGAAAAAUCAUCUGUCAACUAGAAGUUUUGUUAAAUUAGUUAUUGCAGGUCCUUAACAUAUUUUUGUCCGAGAGGUAUGAACAUGUACCAACAUAUUUUAACUGCAAAAAAUGUUCUCGGUGACAGAGACUAAAUAUUUUAUAUCAAUUUUGUUUUCAGAUUGAUUUGUGCAAUGUGGAACUGUGAUUCUAAACACAGAACAGAGGAUUAAAUGUUUCUUCUGGCUGUGUGACACUAUGCAUACAGUAAUGUGCACUUUCACAGAGUUCAAUAUAUUAAUGUACUUUUGUUGUCAAAUAGGCCAGCUGUGAUUUGCUUGCUGUGUUAGUUACCUUGGUAACUGUGAUAGGCGAGUCACAAGAAACAACUUACUGAUAUUUUAUUUAUUUAUUUGCAUAGAGUUGGUGAACCGUCCAUAAUUGUGUAAUAUACUACACACAGUAUUGUAAUUUAAGGAGUUUGAAUAAACAAGAUACAUAUAUGUAAUUUAUUUAUACAAUAAAAUUAUUUUUUUCUGAU